UGUGUUCCUCGCAGUGAGCACAUGCUGACCGGAGUGCUCCUCCUCCUUUUCCACUCUGCCUUGCGCCAGCUGAAUUUCUGGUUACGAUUAGAGGCGAAAGGACGUGACUAGUCUGAGCAAGUGGCUCUCGGACUUAACUCGACGUUAAAGAUAUUAAACUUUUGUCAAGGCUACACCGUAGCUGAUUAUUUCGAGUUGGCCAACUAGCUGAGGAAGAGUGCGUAUUUGUGCUCGAAACUUGAAUCCAGUCGCGUUAUCGCUCAUUGGAAACGAUUUUUUCCCUAAAAAGGAACGGAUGCCGGGAAUACGAGUGUUUUAUUUUAUUUAUUAGAUAGGCUGCUAAUGUGGUAAAGAUAUGUUUGCCACCUCAUGAAACUAUUCACUGUUUAAAAGACAAUAGCCGGUCACUGUUGGUGUACCUAAGCCUACUUUUGCGUUUGUCUUGUUAGUGACUAGAUGAUUUAAAGUCAAUUGAAGAAGCACAGAGCAAUAAAUUAGUAUUUUCGUGUUAGGUUUCGAGCGACAUUUUUGUUGAGUUUGGCCUGUUAAACCUUUUUAACGUUGAAGCGGUAUUUUUGAGAAACUGACUGAUGUUUGGCCAGGGGUGAACUGUGCCAAUUGAACACUGGUGCUGUUCCACGACAACGGCGCUUCGAUGACUCUCGGCAGCAUGACUGCCACGGGGCGCUCCGCGGCGGGGUGCUUCUGUGCCUGCUGCGGGGCGAAAAUGGUACCACACUUCACGAAGAACGCCUUCGUUUCCCAGAACAAGAUCAAUCAACUCAUCAACGAGAGCUUCCUGACGGUAAAGGGCGCCGCCCUCUUCCUGCCCCGCGGAAAUGGCUCCUCCUCCUCUUCCUCCUCCGCCGUGCCCCUUGUCAGCCAGCGCCGAAACAAGCACGCAGGUGAUCUUCAGCAACACCUGCAGACCAUGUUCACUGUGCUACGCCCCGAAGACACCAUCCGCCUGGCGGUGCGCUUGGAGAGCGUGCACCCCCAGUGCACGCGCUACAUGGUGGUGGUGUCCACCAACGGCCGGCAGGACACCGAGGAGAGCGUCGUGCUGGGCAUGGACUUCAGCCCCUCUGACAGCUCGUGCUCCGUUGGGUUGGUGCUGCCCCUCUGGAGUGACACGCUCAUACACUUGGACGGAGACGGGGGAUUCAGUGUGUCCACAGUCAACAGAGUCCAUGUCUUCAAACCUGUCUCUGUACAAGCCAUGUGGUCGGCCCUGCAGUCCCUACACAAGGCCUGUGAAGUGGCCCGUUGCCAUAACUACUACCCAGGCAGCCUGUUCCUCACCUGGGUCAGCUACUACCAGAGCCGGGUGGCCUCGGACCAGACCUGCAUCAACGAGUGGAACGCCAUGCAGGACGUGGAGUCACACCGCGCUGACUCGCCCGUGCUCUUCACCGACGUGCCGACGGAGAGGGAGCGCACUGAGAGACUGAUCAAGACCCGGCUGAGAGAGAUAAUGAUGCAGAAGGACCUGGAGAACGUCACCUCCAAAGAGAUCCGCACCGAGCUGGAAAUGCAGAUGGUCUGCAACCUGCGCGAGUUCAAGGAGUUCAUCGACAACGAGAUGAUCGUCAUCCUGGGCCAGAUGGACAGCCCCACUGAGAUUUUCGACCACGUCUAUCUGGGCUCGGAGUGGAACGCGUCCAAUCUGGAGGAGCUUCAGACCAGCGGGGUGCGGUACAUCCUGAACGUGACGCGGGAGAUCGACAACUUCUUCCCCGGCCUGUUUGAGUACCACAACAUCCGCGUGUACGACGAGGAGGCCACGGAUCUGCUGGCGUACUGGAACGACACGUACAAGUUCAUCUCAAAGGCCAAGAAAGCGGGGGCCAAGUGCCUGGUGCACUGCAAGAUGGGCGUGAGCCGCUCGGCCUCCACGGUCAUCGCCUACGCCAUGAAGGAGUACGGCUGGGACCUGGGGCAGGCCUUCGACUACGUCAAGGAGCGCCGCGGCGUCACCAAGCCCAACCCCUCCUUUAUGAGACAGCUGGAGGAGUACCAGGGCAUCCUGCUGGCCAGUAAACAGAGGCACAAUAAGCUGUGGCGCUCCCACUCGGACAGCGACCUGUCGGAGCGGCACGAGCCGCUCUGUAAGACCGCCCACUCGCUGGGGCGCUCGGACCCCCACAACAACAACAACAACGCCCCGCCCUCCCUCCAGCACUUCCUGCAGGCCCAGAGCGCCCCGACAGAGGCCGCCACCCCCCCAACGCUAGCCCCCAAUGGCGUGUGCGGCUCAGAGGAGAGCCUGCCCUCCCCCACCCUCCCUCCCCUGGAGGACCCCCGCGUCCCCGCGCUCCCCCGGCCGCAGGCGGCCACGGCGGUGCCUGAGGACAGGGUGGACAACUCCCUGCUCACGGUCGCCGUGACCGUGCCCGUCGGAUCCCCCCACCCGCCCCCUUCCCUCACUCUGCUGCCCGCUUCCUCCCCGCCCUCUCCUCAUCCUCCACCUUUCACAAGUGGCGAGCCGAAACUGGAAUCCCCUGAGCUGCUACUGCCGUGCGAGGACCCCUCGGAGCCGUCCAGCUUCGUGCCUGAAGAAAAAUUGGAAGCGCCACAGACAUCGCCGCCAGCGCUUAGUCCGAUGACAGACACAGCGGUGUCCUCCUGUUUCACAGGACCCCAAGAGCUGCCCGUGCCAAUGUCCGACAGCAGUGGAGCCGACGGCACCAGCGAUACCCUGGAACCUCUGGAGACCCCAAUGUCUGUCAUCCCACAGGACCCUUCAGGCCCCCUGGGGCCAGGGCCUGUGGCCAAGGACGACAACAACAACCCGAGCGACACAGAGCCGCUGGGUGUCCCCGCCCCCGUCCCCACCCCGCCCCUUAGCGCCGACCGCAUUGACUUCUUACGCGCUCGGGAGAAGUUCCUGGGCUUGUCUCUGGAGGGCCCUGCUCACUCGAAUUCUGAGCAGGCACCUCCUCAGCCACCCCUCUCCAGGGGCCUGGAACAGCAGCCGCUGGAGGACCCUAGCACUGUGACUGUCACUGUGACUGUGGCUGAGGAGGAAGAGUGCAAGGAACAGGACCUCGCCCACCCCACGGAGGGCGGUGAUAGGGCGGUGGCUCCCAGGGCCCUGCAGGAGAAUGGCAUCUCUGUGCGGCAUAUGGUAACAGAGCUGGAGUCUAUAUCGCACCCUGGCUCCGCCCCCAUCCUUGCCCCCAGCCAGCCGCAGCAUAGGAAAGAGGAGGGGGGAGAGGCGGGUGGAGCUGAUGAAGGGCCUCCAGAAUUAGCCUUGUCCCCCACCCUCCCAGACUCCCCCUCCACCCCUCCCUGUGAGUGUCCUUCGGGUUCUGUGCGCCGAGUCACCGAGCAGCUUGAGCAGAGGCUGAAGCAGGAGCUGGACUGCCCCGCCUCCACACCUGGCACCGCCUCUUGCCCCACCUCUGCAACGGAGACCCGCCCCCAGCCCCGCCCUCGACUUCACACGGCUGGAAGCAGGGAGCAGCCGAAGAGAGACACGCCCUCCCCCAAGCCUCCAGGGCGAGAGGGGGAGGAGAAUGAGAAUGAGAAGGAAAGGGGGAGGGGCUUUAUUAGAGAUGCUGUCUCAGGACCUUUCCUCUGUUCUGAGGGGGACAGCUCAGAGCCCCACCCUACCCAGGCGGGCCCCUCCCUCUCUCUGUCCUUCCUGCAGCUGGAGGGCGUGACCGAGUUGGCGACGAGCACAGAUGUGUCCCUGGAGCCCCGAGGGGCCCCAGAGAGGGGCGGGGAGGACCUGGAGAAGUUGGCUGACCCCCAGAAAGAUCUACAGGCUUUCCUGAGCCAGGGGGGCGGGCCUGAGGGCGGAACGGGAGGCCGGGAGGGGCAGGCCUGGCUGAGCGCGCAGCAGGACGGGCCGAGGGAGCGGGGGCGGGACCUGGGCGGGGCCUCGGAGAUGGAGGCUCGGAUCCGGCAGGCGGGGCUCACCCUGCCCUCCCUCAUGAAGCGCUCCGCCUCCCUGGCCAAGCUGGGCUGCCUGGAGCUCCACCCCGACGACCUGAGCGACUGGGAGCCCGGCUCCGCCCUCACCACCCCCGACCCCCUGGAACCCCGCCCCCAGCCAGCCCACACCGGCCCGGACGACGCCUCCAAAAAGCAGCGCGUGCUCCGCUCCGGUUCCGCCCCUUCCUCUCCCACCUCCCCUCCCCCCUCGCCACUCCCCGGAGCCGCACGGGACGAGCCCGUUUUCAGGGCCCGCCAAAACCAGCCCUCGCUGCACCCCUCUUCGCUGGCGUGUCCGCCCGGCCGGGGAGGCGGGGCUCGGGACUCUACGGACCGCCCCCAGACACCUUCGUCUCCGCCCCUCGUCUCGGCGCGGCAACAGCACGGGAGGACGCACCCUCUGCGGAGGCUCAAGAAAAUGGCGGACAGAAAUCAGACGCACAGCUUCCUGUACAGCACCAUGUGACCCCCGCCCGUCCUGGCCAGGGCUCUGAGAGGACAGAACUGCAGCUGACUGCUCUGCCGGGUCAAAGCGACGUCCAGUCCGCACCGAACAAGCAAAACAAUACCACCGUGUAGCGAGCACACAUUCAGGUACCACUGUCCAAGCCAAGCGACCAACCGCCUUUUCAAAUUCUGUUUUUUCGGAGGCAGACGCGAACCGUCGCGGGGGACUGCGAAACGGCGGUUUGGCGGAUGGCUCUGCCUGUCUGUCUUACGCCUUCACCAGCCGCAGAGGGGAGAAGGGUGCUUUCAGGCCACGUCCACGGGACGCCGCUGUGGUUACCUUCCCCCCUUUCCCCUCUUCUGUCAGCUGGAACGGGAUUGUCCGGACGGCCACGUUGGCUGCGCCCGUUUUCCCGCUGGUGUUUGUUCCGGGACACCCUGAGCUCUUACGGACUGUGCCGCCGGCCGCGCGCGGCGCUCUGAGGGGACAGUGCGCGGGGCUGCCCGGGCGCGUUGGGGCUCUGUACGUUCUUGUGGUUAGCUGCGUGUUAGAGACUGUGUGUGUGUGUGCGUGCGUGUGCGUGUUUGGGACGGUCCGUGUACGGGUGCUUAGUUGUGUGUUUCGGGGUGUCUGUGUGUAGCUCUGUUGUCUUGACACUGUUGGUUGCUCUGGGUGGGGGGUGGGGGGAGGGGGGGUGGGAGGGGGGCAUCUGCUCUGCUGUGUGAGGGGUUCCGAUGCAUUAUGGUGGGUAUAUUUGUACAUUGAUGCUGUUUCCCCCUUCAGGGUUUUUAUUAUUUUUAUUUUAUUUUUUGUAAAAAUCUAAUGAGAUGAAAUAAGGGGCUUGUUUCUCAGACAUGCACUUUACUAGUAUUUUAUUUUCUAUUUUAUUUCCUUUUUUUAUAUGUGUGUUUGUACUUGGGAAGCACGUUCACUGUAUGGCAAAGGGUAACCUGUCUGAGAGUCAUUUUGUGUGCACAGUGCAUUAACAGAAAUGUAAGUGAACUCUUCAUUUUAAAGUCUGAAAGGUUAAUAUUUUCUUUUUUAUCCUGUUUUAGCUGUGAAUAUUAAAGACACAAACUGAAAAAUGC